AUCCCCAGGCAAUCCCUGAGCUGGAAGGCAUCGAGAUCCUCAACUCAAGUGCCGUGCUGGUCAAGUGGCGGCCAGUGGACCUGGCCCAGGUCAAGGGCCACCUCCGUGGAUACAAUGUGACGUACUGGAGGGAGGGCAGUCAGAGGAAGCACAGCAAGAGACAUAUCCACAAAGACCAUGUGGUGGUGCCCGCCAACACCACCAGUGUCAUCCUCAGUGGCUUGCGGCCCUAUAGCUCCUACCACCUGGAGGUGCAGGCCUUUAACGGGCGGGGAUUGGGGCCCGCCAGCGAGUUCACCUUCAGCACCCCAGAGGGAGUGCCUGGCCACCCUGAGGCGUUGCACCUGGAGUGCCAGUCGAACACCAGCCUGCUGCUGCGCUGGCAGCCCCCACUCAGCCACAACGGUGUGCUGACCGGCUACGUACUCUCCUACCACCCCCUGGAUGAGGGGGGCAAGGGGCAGCUGUCCUUUAACCUUCGGGACCCUGAACUUCGGACACACAACCUGACCGAUCUCAGUCCCCACCUGCGGUACCGCUUCCAGCUUCAGGCCACCACCAAAGAGGGCCCUGGUGAAGCCAUCGUACGGGAAGGAGGCACUAUGGCCUUGUCUGGGAUCUCAGAUUUUGGCAACAUCUCAGCCACAGCGGGUGAAAACUACAGCGUCGUCUCCUGGGUCCCCAAGGAGGGCCAGUGCAACUUUAGGUUCCAUAUCUUGUUCAAAGCCUUGGGAGAAGAGAAGGGCGGGGUUGCCCUCUCGCCACAGUAUGUCAGCUACAACCAGAGCUCCUACACGCAGUGGGACCUGCAGCCUGACACUGACUAUGAGAUCCACUUGUUUAAGGACAGGAUGUUCCGGCACCAGAUGGCUGUGAAGACCAAUGGCACAGGCCGCGUGAGGCUCCCUCCUGCUGGCUUCGCCACUGAGGGCUGGUUCAUCGGCUUUGUGAGUGCCAUCAUCCUCCUGCUCCUCGUCCUGCUCAUCCUCUGCUUCAUCAAGCGCAGCAAGGGCGGCAAAUACUCAGUGAAGGAUAAGGAGGACACCCAGGUGGACUCUGAGGCCCGACCGAUGAAAGAUGAGACCUUCGGCGAGUACAGGUCCCUGGAGAGUGACAACGAGGAGAAGGCCUUCGGCAGCAGCCAACCAUCACUCAAUGGGGACAUUAAGCCCCUGGGCAGUGACGACAGCCUGGCCGAUUAUGGGGGAAGCGUGGAUGUUCAGUUCAACGAGGAUGGCUCCUUCAUUGGCCAGUAUAGUGGCAAGAAGGAGAAGGAGGCGGCAGGGGGCAACGAUAGCUCAGGGGCCACCUCCCCCAUCAACCCUGCAGUGGCCCUAGAAUAGUGGAGCCCAGGACAGGAGAUGCUUUGCCCCUGGCCUUGGGAUCGAGGCCCCUUCCUCUCCAGCCGGCCCAUGGGAGGCUGGAGUUGGGGCAGAGGAGAACUUGCUGCCUCAGAUCCCCUUCUUACCACCCGGUCCCCACUUUAUUGCCAAAACCCAGCUGCAUCCCUCCCUGGGCACACGCUGCUUUGCCCUAGCUUGGGGGCAGAUCUCCCACAUGUCAGGGGCCUUUGGGUGCUGCCUUGCCAGCCCAUUUGGGCAGAGAGGUUGUGGUUUGGGGGAGAAGAAGUAGGGGUGGCCUGAAAGGGUCUCUAAAAUGCUGUCUUUCUUGCUCCCUGACUGGGAGCAGACAUGGUGGGGUCUCCUCAAGACCAGAGGUGGCACCUUCCCCCUCCCCCAGCCACUCCCCAGCCAGCCUGGCUGGGACUGGGGACAAAACUCGGUGUCCCCACCAUCUGCUGUCUUUUCUUUGCCAUCUCUGCUCCAACUGGGAUGGGAGGUGGGCAAGCUGGCCGCAGGGGCAAGGGAGGCCAUCUGGAGAGCCCAGAGAGUCCCCCCACCCCUGCCGCCAGCAUUGCACUCUGGCAGCACCGCCUCUUCCUGCCACCCAGCCCGCUCCACAGCCGGCUUUCAGGAGCCCCAAACACACGCUGCCUUCAGUACCCACCAGACAACAUCCAAGUGGCCUCCGUCACUACCUGGCUGAGGGGCGGGCACACCUCCUCCCACUGCCCACCGGCCGGCCUCUUCCAGCCACCCCCACUCCCCAGGACCCCUUAGCAGCCCUGCCCUCCCCUACUUCCCAUCGUCUGAACAAGUGUCUUCCUCAGCCUCCUCUUGCCCCCACCUUGGGAAUGUAAAUACACCGUGACUUUGAAAGUUUGUACCCCUGUCCUUCCCUUUACACCACUAGUGUGUAGGCAGAUGUCCGAGUCCCUAGGUGGUUUCUAGGAUUGAUAGCAAUUAGCUUUGAUGAACCCAUCCCAGGAAAAAUAAAAACAGACAAAAAAAAAAGGAAAGAUUGGUUCUCCCAGCACUGCUGUGCCCCUGUUCAGCAGCCACAGACUCCCUGUAUGCCUGUGCUUGGUCUACUGAUAAGCCCUCUACAAAAAACAAAAGUAUAUAUAUAUAUGUACAUAAUAUCAGAAUUAUAACAGGCAAAUAAAACCUGAAAAUCAA